GAGUCUAUAAAGGUUGCCUGUCCCAUUUCUGCACACACGAAAAGGAAAAAAAAACAUUACUUUUCCCAAGAAUAAGUAGAAGAAGAUAAGACAAAGGCACAACGUGUGGAUGCAAUUAAGUGUUGACCAUGCAUCAAGGGAUGAAGAAGCCUCACCGCUUCUUAUUCUUGAUCCCUGUGCAUGCCGUUGCCAUGUGAAGAGCAAAUUCUACGAGCGGCAUCGACUCAUGCUCUGUACUUCGUACGCCGAUUCAUAACAGGCCAACAUAUCUCCAGAAUUGUAGUCAAAUCUAGCGGAUAUAUACACUAUUCUACGAUUUUCACAAGAUGGAUUAUUCGGAUAGCAUGGUAAGAGAACUAAUCCAAGGGGAUGAUAGAUCAAAAUGGAUAGCGCAUAGCAAUCACAAUGUAAAGUGCUUCACACAAAAUGAGAUAAUAAGAUUCACCAACAACUAUGGAACUUUGGUUGGGAGAGGUGCCUUUGGAGAAGUUUAUGAAGGAGUCCUUGAGGACAAAAGUGUUGUUGCAGUCAAGAGGUUUAUCAACAAUGAAAAAGAAAACUUUGCCAAAGAGUUGACUGUCCACCGUGAAAUCAAUCACAAGAACGUAGUCAGAUUAGUUGGGUACUGUUUAGAAGAAAAUGCCCUAAUGAUGGUCACGGAGUAUAUUCCUAAAGGAAAUUUAAGUGACGUCCUUCACGGGGACAAUACUCCAAUUCCCUUGGAUACACGACUGAGAAUUGCCAUAGAAUGUGCUGAGGCGUUGGGCUAUAUGCACUCGCAAAUGUAUACUCAGGUUAUUCAUGGUGAUAUCAAGCCUGCUAAUAUACUUCUGGAUGACCGACUCGGAGCGAAAGUAUCAGACUUUGGAAUAUCAAGAUUAGUCAACACUGAAAAUGCAAAUACUCUGUAUACUGUGCGUAUUAUAGGAAGUAUAGGUUACAUGGACCCUCUGUUUGCUCGUACUGGUCGCCUGAUAGCAAAGAAUGACGUGUACAGUUUUGGGGUAGUGCUCUUGGAACUGAUAACAAGAAAAAAGCCAAUAGAGAUGUUUGAUGCUGAAAAAUUUACUAAAGCUCUUGCAAAAGGUAUCAGGCGCGUGAGAGAGAUGUUUGAUUCUGAAAUUGCAAUCCCGAGCAACAUGAAGACUAUUGAACAAAUUGCACAAUUGGCUGGUAGAUGCUUGAGUAUGGAACUUGGCAAACGUCCCGAUAUGUUGGAAGUUGCAGAACAUCUUCGCAGACUUAGAAAAGCUCUACAUGGGAGACAAGAAAGACGAGCUCUGUUUUCUUGGGGAAAGAAAAACAAACCAGCUCCAGCUGGCCCACCAUUGCAAGAAAGUAGUAGCAGUAGCCAUUACACAGCUCCAGCUGACCCACCAUUGCAAGAAAGUAGUAGCAGUAGCCAUUACACAGCUCCAGUUGAAACGACAUCAUCACAAGAAAGCAGUAGUCAUUACAUGGGAAUUGCAGCUCCAGCUGAAACGACAUCAUCACAAGAAAGCAGUAGCGAUACCAAAAACGUGGCAGCUUUUAUCGUUGGGUCAACAAUGACUUGUUCAUUGUUUGAUAUGGAAGACCUGCUUAGGGCGUCAGCUGAAGUUCUGGGAAAAGGUACAAUCGGGACAUCCUACAAGGCGACGCUCGAGAAUGGAGAUCAGCUGGUCGUCAAGAGACUGAGGGAAGUGGACUUACAAAAGGAGGAGUUUGAACUGCGUGUCAGGAUGAUUGGUGCCAUCCAGAACAAACACAUUGCGCCACUGCAGUGGUAUUACUAUAGCGAGGAUGAGAAGUUGCUGGUGUACAAUAUAUUCCCGAUGGGCAGUCUAGCACACGCUCUCCAUGGAGAUCCAGUUUCCCCAGCUCCGCUGGACUGGGAACAGCGGGCAGCCAUAGCACACGCUGCGGCACGCGGUAUGGCGUACAUCCACUCAGCUGGACCAUCGAGCUGCCACGGCAACAUCAAGUCCUCUAACAUCAUGGUCACAGGUACCCACGACGCAUGCGUGUCAGAGCACGGUCUGAUAACACUUGGUAAGUUCUGCAAUGCCUCUGGCUACCACGCGCCUGAGGUCACAGACGAUAGGCUGGUCUCUCAGAAAGCCGACGUGUACAGCUUUGGUGUCCUACUGCUGGAGCUUCUCACCUGCAAGACUCCGGUAAAAAGCACACAGCAUGACGAGGGAGUGGGUUUGCCACAGUGGGUGCGUUCUGUUAUUUUUCGCGAGGCACAGGAGGAGUGGGCGGUGGAGGUGUUCGACGUGGAGCUCCGAAGGCUGUGGCAUGAUGACGGGAAAAUGGAAUGCAUGGUGCUACUCCUGCGCCUUGCUCUGAAAUGCUGCAGUGAAGAUGCCAACUCCAGACCUACAAUGUCCGAUGUUGUGCAGAGGAUUUUGGAGAUCCGACAGUCCUGACUUCUGGAGGAGAACCUCACAUGCACAUCAUACCGACGCGACAGAAAGUUAAUUACAAAAAAAAACAAUGAAAGAAGGAUGAAGAAUGGUGUUGUGAACUGUGAUUCAGCUUGGUGGCCAUCCUUGUCAGUUAGUUUUGGACGGUCACUAGUUACUUUGCCGUCUGCUGAUCUAUGUGGAAUUUGUGUAGUUAGUUUUCAGUUGGGCAGGUCUUAAUGAAAAACUAGAUGGGCCUAGCGCGCUUUGCCGCGCCAUUCUUUGCAAUUGUCGCUGCGUAGAUAGGAACCCUCAAUGGAUGGAAGACCAAAAUAUUUUAUUUCUUAUAAUUAAGAAAAACGUAAGUA